AUGGCGAGCAAUGCACCCCAUGCGGUUGACGUGCAGCCGCUCCUGAAGACAAUGCAGAAGGUGUACGGGCCCUUCCCAGAUGGACCCGCGGUGAAAUCAUGGAUUCCGCCGCCUGCGGUGGGAGGCCACCGCGGGCGAUACCUCUGGACGGACGGCUUCGGCGUCGUCAACCUGCUCACCCUCUCAAAAAUAACCUCCGAUGCAACCUACCUCACCCUCGCCGCGCGGCUCAUCGAGACCGUGCACGACAUCCUCGGACGCACGCGCGAGGACCGCGCGCGCCUCCCCGGUGCGACCGACGCCGAGCCGCUCAAGGGUGGCUUGCGGAUCGGCAAGGUCGAAGAGAGCGGCCCGGACGGGGAUGGCCAGUACUUCCACUACCUGACAGUGUGGAUGUUCGCGCUGAACCGGAUGAGCGUCGCCUCGGGCGAGCGCCGGUACAACGAGCUGGCAGUGCAGCUCGCGCGCGCGGUGCACCCGAAGUUCGUGGUGAACAGGGAGGCGGCGCGGCCGCGGAUGUUCUGGAAGAUGUCGGUGGACCUCGCACAGCCGCUCGUGCGCAGCGAGGGGAACCUCGACCCGAUUGAUGGGUAUGUGGUGUACUCGCUGCUGCAGAAGACGGCGGGCACGCCAGUGUUGCGGGGGGAGAUUGAGGAUUAUAGGAAGAUAUUGGAGACGAAGUGGAGGGGGUAUGGGAGUAGUGAUCCGCUGGACUUGGGGAUGACGCUGUGGACGAGUCAUUGGUGCGUCGAUGAGCCCGGAGAGGAGUGGGCGAGGGGGAUCACGGAGAGCGCGUUCGGGGAUCUUCGAGACGUUAGUGAGAGCGGCUACUUCGACGUACCUCUCAGGAUGCGCCUCGCCUUCCGCGAAUUCGGGACGUGCCUCGGUAUACGAUGUCAUUCCGCAGAUGCGUCCCUUGAAAGCCUUGCGCAGAAGAUCGCGACGACUUGGGAGAAGACCGUGCAGGAAGAAGAGGAACAGGACGAUUUGACCCCCAUCACUUGCGUGAUGUAUGUCUCUGCUGUAGUCCCGGGAGGUAAGCGCGGACGCCAAUCAGAGCCUUUUGGAUGUGGCUGCAAUUGA